AUGAGUACAAUUUUAGGAGAUUCUCUUAUAUAUGAGGAUUCUGUUAGGUUGGUGAUCAAAAGCCAGGAUAUUGAGCUUGAAAAGAUCACCACAAUUUUGACAGCCAUAGAUCUCUCAAGCAACGAUUUUGAAGGUGUGAUUCUGAAAGCACUAAAGGAUCUUGGCUCACUUUGGAUACUCAAUUUAUCCGAUAAUAAUCUCAGAGGUGAUAUUCCCAUGGAAAUGGGGCAAUUGAAUAUGCUUGAAGUGUUAGAUCUUUAUUGGAAUCAUCUCACAGGAAAGAGUCCACAGGAACUGACAAAACUAAAUCCUCGAGUUUCACAAUUCAACACAUUUGAAAAUAACUCGUAUGGUGGAAACUUUGAUUUAUGUGGUCCUCCUUUAUCAAAUCAUUGUGGAACGAGUGAUCCGUCACAUGUUCCUCAUCCAUUGGAGUCCGAAGAAGAAGAUGAGUCAUACUUUGCGAGUGGAUUUACCUAG